CAAAUGGGUAUAUAUAUAAUAACCAUCAAAAAAGAUUUUUUUAGGUAGAAGAAAUUCUUUCUUCCCAUUUGAUAUAAUAUCAUUAAAUCUUUUUGUUAUAAAAAGAUGAAUGUUAUAUUUUUAUUUAUAUUCCUCGUAGGAGGAUUGAAUUUUUUUUAUGAACAAAUUAAAGUAAAUGCAUUACCCGCAUCGUCUCCUCUACGAGCACGACAAGAUAAUUCAGAUAAUUCACUCGGAACAUGGAAGAUUGUCGGAGAUUCCGGAGUCAGUGCCAUGCAUGCCGUCUUGAUAGCUCCCAGAAAAGUUAUAUUCAUAGAUAGACUUGAACAAAAUCAUUUAAAGAGACCGGAUGGGCUUGCUGCAAUAUCAUCAGAAUAUGAUUUAGAUACAAAUCAAGCUAGACCACUCACAGUUUAUACAAAUACAUUUUGUUCGGCAGGUUCCUUCUUAGGCAAUGGAACUUUAAUUGAGGCAGGGGGAAGUGGUGGAGAUGAUCUUAAUUAUCGUAGCGGUUUACAAACACUUCGUAUAUAUGAUCAAGGCAAAGGAGAUUGGAUCGAAUUAGAAGGAGUUUUACCAUCAAAUAGAUGGUAUCCAACUAUGAUCACUUUACCUGAUGGUAAUAUUCUUAUACUCGGGGGAUCAACUGGUUCCACAGGAGUUAAUAAACUAGAAAUAAAUAAUCCAACUUAUACAAUAUAUCCACCUCCAAGUGGAGUUUUUAUGCAAGAUUAUAAUUUUGACUUUUUAGCUACUACAUUACCAUAUAAUCUUUACCCGAUGUUACAUUUAAUUCCAAAUUAUGAGGGAAAAACUCUACUUUUUGUACUCGCUAGUAAACAAGCCAUUGCUUAUGAUCUUGGUAUCGGUAAAACUGUAAUAACAUAUCCAGAUUUGCCGGGUGGGUUUCGCUCAUAUCCAUUAACUGGUACUUCUAUAAUGUUACCACUUUCACCAACCGAUUAUUACAACCCAACGGUUAUGGUUUGUGGUGGAAAUAAAGCUCAAGAAAUUACAUCAGUGAGUGAAGCUACUUGUGGAAGAUUAGAUCUAAAUAAACCAAAUGCUCAAUGGGAAAUGGAUAAUUUUGGUGGAACACCGCGUGUUAUGCCUGAUGCUGUUUAUUUAGUGGAUGGAUCCAUCAUGUUUGUUAAUGGUGGCGGAUCGGGUUAUGCUGGCCUUCGUAAAGGGAAAGGCGCAAAUGCAUUAUUUGUUGCUAAUGAUCCCGUAUUAUUUCCUUAUCUUUAUGAUCCAUUUGCUAAAACGUAUAAGGCUCUUGCUUCGUCAACUAUACCUAGAAUGUAUCAUUCUAUUGCUACUUUGUUACCGGAUGGUAGUGUCCUUGUUUCUGGAAGUAAUCCAUCUAAUGCCGUCACAUUAGAUGUUAAAUUUCCGACUGAAUACCGCGUUGAAAUUUUUUAUCCACCUUAUCUUUAUUCAACAAUCCCUCGUCCAACUAUUCUUUCUCUUGAAUCAUUUCCAAUUAAUCAACAAAGAAUUAAAGUAUCUUAUAAUCAAGUAAUUACUUUAGUUAUACAACUUAAAUCAACUGAUCCACCGAGUUUAAAAGCUACCAUUAUACAUCAUGGAUUUGUCACACACUCAACAAAUAUGAAUCAGCGUUAUGUUUACCUUGAUAUUGAAGAUUCUUAUGUUGAUAAAUCAGCUUCUGAUCAAUAUAUUUUAACUCUUAGAUUACCCCCAAAUCCUACAAUAAUCGCUCCUGGUCCUCAUUACAUAUAUAUAUUUAAUUAUGACGCUCCUUGUGUUAGUGGUGUUGAAGUUUUACUCAAUUCUCAAUGAUCAACUUAAAAAAUGAUAAGGUUUUUUUUUGAGUACUGAAAUUAUAGAUUUUAAUUGCGAAGCAUUUAGACUUUUUUAUUGUUAAGUUCACAUAAUAAGAAUACAAGAAUUAAACAUGAAAAAUUAAAAUUUGAUGAGAUUACAAUUUUAUUUUGCCAAUUAUAAUUCCAAGCAUUAUAUUAUAAUUGAAGGACGGAAUUGGUACAACCCAAAAUCAUAUAUAAUAAUAUAGUUAUACUUAACAAAAUUAAAAUAGAGAUCAAACCUUCUUUUUUUUCAUUAAUAAUAAUAAAAAGUAAAUUA